AUGGAGGAGUCUGGCCACAAGGAGCUUCAGCUUCUGCCUUCAUCUCUCAUGCCCAUGUCUGAUUCUCCUUUCUUGCACUUCCGAUCACCAGUGUCGACGUCGUCCUCCUCUUCCACCGAAGGGACGCCCUCACUGGACUUGCAGUUAUCGAUCAGCCUGAGGCCGAUACAACCGCCUCCGGAUUGCGAGUACAAGGGCGACGGCUGCGGCGGAGACGAGGGCGGUGGCGGUCUGAGCGUGGAGGCAUUGAAGUGGCAAUCGGCGGAGCAGAUUAGGCUGGCGGCGAUGGAGAAGGCGUACGCGGAGAGAGUGCGAGAGCUGACGAGGAGGGAGAUGGAGAUGGCGCAGUCGGAGUUCGCACGUGCGAGGCACGUGUGGGAGAGAGCGCGGGCUGAGGUGGAGAGAGCGGAGAGAAUGAAAGAGAGAGCCACCGUUAGGCACAUUGGCUCGGCCUGCAUGGAGAUCACUUGCCAAUCUUGCAGGCAAAGAUUCCAUAGGACAGAUAACUCAGCACAGACGAGUGUCAAAAAAGUGGCCAUUGAUCUUCAAUGAAGUUAAAUUUCGGUAUCUAUGU